CCGUCUGAGUGCGGGAAUUCUUAGAAAAUAAAACAUACACAUGCUGGAUCCGGAUAGAGACUUACAGCCAGUAUCUGUCAUAUUAACGGCUGUUAUUAAACCUGACUCUGCGCGGGGAUGACACCGACAAAUGUGUGAGACAGACGGUCGCCGUGAGUGCACAUCACGGGGCAGCUUUCACCUCCACAUCCAGACCGUUCAGUACGAGGGAACUGUCCAGAGCGGACCACAGGGCCAUGGAUUUCCCAGGCCACUUUGAGCAGAUCUUCCAGCAGCUAAACUACCAACGUGUCCACGGUCAGCUGUGCGAUUGUGUCAUUGUAGUGGGCAGCCGCCACUUUAAGGCCCACCGCUCUGUGCUGGCAGCCUGCAGCACUCACUUCAGAGCCCUGUUCACUGUUGCAGAGGGAGAUGCAAGCAUGAACAUGAUCCAGCUGGACAGCGAGGUGGUGACAGCUGAAGCUUUUGCUGCUCUGGUGGACAUGAUGUACACGUCAACACUGAUGCUCGGGGAGAGCAAUGUCAUGGAUAUCCUCCUUGCAGCCUCACACCUGCACCUUAACAAUGUAGUCAAAGCCUGCAAGCACUACCUGACCACACGCACGCUGCCUAUGUCUCCCUCAUCCGACAGACCAACCCAUCACCACCCUCAGCAGGACCAGCAGAGGCGCAGGCAGCAGCAGCAGCAGCAAGCAGCAGAUUUAGUGGUGAACCCUACUCUAGCAGCUAAUGCUAACCUCACAGCAAAUGCGGCCACAUCUAAGUUACAGCGCUCCUUCCUGUUGCAGCAGCUUGGGCUCAGCUUGGUGAGCUCUGCUUUGGGUGGAAUGGAUGAGGAUGGGAUGGGAAAUGUCGUUGGCAAUAGAGGGGUGGAACAAAGAGCCUCUUUCCCUAUCCGACGCUUCCACAAACGUAAGCCUUCUCUUGCGCUGGGCCUGUCAGAAGAGAGACCCAGGCAGAGGCAGCGCCCCUCAGCACCUAACCUGGCGUUGUUAGGAGAAGAACGGGUGAACGCAGAGCAAGAGGAAGGAGCACUUCUUUCCCCAGACUCCCACAAGAUGGGGGAUGAAUCAAAAUUGGAUGCUGCAAUCACCGGCCUGGUGGGGGUGUCCCAAGAUGAUCCUCAGAUGCCCAGCCAGUCUGACAGUGGACAUUGUGAGGGGGAGGACUUGGGAAGAAUGCAAGGAGGGGUGAGCAAGGAGGAGGACAUGGAUGACCAGGACCACCAGGACAAUAGAGCAGGGGUGAAGAUUAAACCAGGGACAGAGGAGGAAGAGGCUGAAGAACAGGAACAGAAGGUGGUGGUUAAACGAGAACCACUAAGCUCACCUGAGCCGACAGAUGAAAUCAGCGACGUGACAUCUCAGGCUGAAGGCAGCGACCCGGCUGAGCCUGGAGGCCAGGAGGAAGAAGAGAAGGUGGAGCUGAGCCCAGAGAGCAGCGACCGCAGCUUCACCUCUGAACCUCAGCCCAGCUCUGACUCGCUGCUGCAACAGGGCUCCCAGCUCCUCCUCAAGAGCAACAUGGGAGGAGGAGCCGGAGUCGGAGGAGGCUUUGGAUGUAAUAACGGAUUAAAUGGCAAACCUGGUUUUAGUAUUUCUAGCUUCCUUAGCCCAAAAGAUUUUGGAAGUGGCGGGGCAGGGUUGGUUACAGGAGAAGAUGACCUGCCCAACACAACAACUGGGGAUGCAGUAGCACAUCACUUCCUGCUGAGACAGGAAGCUGCUGGGCCGUCCGGAUCUGCUUCUUCUUCUCUUCUGCAGUCAGGUCCACUCAGCAAUGAGACUCGCAGUGGUUUUGGAGACAACUUGCAGCCUGAUUCUCUGUUCCUUCGUCCCCUGCAUGACAGUUUGGGGAACCCCAGAGGAAGCGGGGGAAGUUCGACUGGAGGCCGUGGAGGGGUCGAUCCCUUUAGUUUGGACUUCCAACGCUCCAGUCUGGGCCUUCACUCUCUGGGUCGACCCUCACGUGGAGCUGGAGGAGCGACCGCUGCCUCUCUGGGCUAUCCAGGCUACAGACGUAUUGCCCCAAAAAUGAACACCAGCCUCGGAGGAGAGGAAGGAGUAGGUGGUGUUCUUCAGGAUUCUGCCUCUUCCUCCUCAAGUCUGGCUAGUCCCCUGCUUCUCAAUGAGAGUGGUGGAUAUGAGAUGAACAGUGGCAGACCGACUUCCCUCCCCCCUCAGCUGACCCGAGCUUCAGCGGACGUCCUGUCCAAGUGCAAGAAGGCUCUGUCGGAGCACAACGUCUUGGUGGUGGAGGGAGCUCGGAAGUACGCCUGUAAAAUCUGCUGCAAAACCUUCCUCACCCUGACUGACUGCAAGAAACACAUCCGCGUCCACACAGGAGAGAAACCCUACGCCUGUCUCAAGUGUGGAAAGCGCUUCAGCCAGUCCUCCCACCUAUACAAGCAUUCCAAGACCACCUGUCUCCGGUGGCAGAACAGUAACAUGUCCAAUGCCCUGCUGUAGGACCGUGAUGACUGUAUCAGAGGAGAGUGGGGCAAAAGGGUGAAUACACCUGGAAAGAGUGAGUUUAAAGUCACAGAAACGUUUAGAUUUUUCUGAAGCUGUGACAGAGCAGCCAGAUCUGAUCAGCUGUCAUGUCCAAACUAACUAGUCCUGAUCACACACCAAAGAUAGGGACGAUAAUGUCAUCUUGCAUUUUCUUCUCUUGGAGAAACCCAUACUAUCAAGUCAGUAAAAGUUAUUGUAAACACAUUUAGCCUGAAGAAAGAUUAUACAGAUACAGACAACACAUGUGUUGCUAUGGACUCAUUAUAUAGUACCAUAGAUGUACACUGUACACUCUGCUGUAGAAAUAUCUUAAGAGUAUUAUGAGGAUUUUCCAUCAGCGUCAAUAUCUACAGUCAAUGGACUUUGCAUAAUAGAAUCCAGGCCAGUAGAGGCUUGGCUUUUUAAAGCUGCCACACUGUUGGCUGUAUUACAUUUUUUUUAAAACAAUCAUUCGGACCCUCGUGUUAGUAAGUGGCAGAUGGACCUGUUUGAGGUGAUCCCUUGAAGCUGAACUGAUCUAUAGUUGAUGGUAUUCUCAUAGAUUAAGUUUUGAUUGCCAUUCUAACACUCUGUCUGAGUGCUUACAGAUCAGAGGCAGCUGUGUAGCACCAACAUUAAGAACAGAUAUCAUGUAAGAUAGUGUGCUUAUGUGUAAAUUUUCUCUUCCACAUUUAUAAAACAUGUAGCAGCAUCCUGUGUCCGACCGCCGAGUCGCCACAACUGUGCAUAUUGACUGUGCCUUGUUCUGUGCAAGAACAGUCAUAUAGACUGUGGACUAACUGAUUCAGAUUCAUUUAGGUGCCAGAUAUAAUGCCUAUAAGUACUAAGAACUGUUGGCAGAGGCCUGCUCUGGAUACUUGCUGUGGGGGCUAGGUAAUGCUGAAAUCUGUAACUUUGUGUAAGUUGCAGCAACAGAAAAGAUGGCAGACACUCUGCCAGUGUCUCAGUUGUGUAUGUUUUUUGUUUUGUUUUGUUUUUUUGCCCUGUUGUUGGCAUGCAGUGAAAAUGUUAACUGACCAUAUAAUAUAAAUUUGAUUCAUUUAUUUAUGGAAGUGAUGAAGUUUGAGGAAGUUGACAUUCUCGACCACAACAAAAAAAAUAAAACAGGUUAACAUUUCUUAAUAGAUGAUAAUGGAUUUUCGUGCGUAUUCAACCACCAAGUCAAGUCAAAUUGAUGUGAGAUGUUUUACCUCUGUAGUUUUCUUUCUGUCCAGCCACCUCAGUUAAAGUUGAGAAUAUAAUUCAGUUUGAAAUAAUAGGGCCUUCAUAUUUUCAUGGAAUAAAUGUCUUUGAUACAUUUGUACCUGUGGUGUGCCAGGUAUAGCUAUUAACCUUGAAGUCCCUUUGUUUAGGGGAGCAAAAAGAUCUGAGCAGUGAGAGAGGGAAAAGUGUCAUCACCUUUGCAUUAACAGGACGAAACAAAAUCUGUGUUUACUGGGCCUUGCACUCUCUUUUUGAGAACUCUAGAAUAUAAUAUUGCAUUAUAAUGCUACUAAAAUACAGAGAUAAGAGCUUCAUAGGAAAAUGCGCUGUAAAUGCACCUUAUGUCAUGAUCUGCAAAAAUUGCAAUUUUAUGUAGCUUUAAAUUGUAUAAGAUUAGCAACCUUCCCUUCCAAUUGGUUAUUGACUGGUUAUGACCACAAAAAGUUCAGCUGUGGCCAGACAAGGGCACUGACCGUCCACACAUCAGUGUGCUUGUGUGUGCACACUUUGUGGGUUUGUUAAAAGGGUAAUGAAGUUGUGCCGAGAGGUGGAGUCGUCAGAAGAACCUGUCUACAGGUUACUGACGUUCAGCACGUGUUGAAAACGCGCUUUGGAAAUGUAAAUAUUGCACAUUCGUGGUUGGUAUCAUAGAUACUCUCUUGGAGAAGAGACAAAAGAACUAAUGAAGAACUAAACAUUGUGUAUAAGUUUGCUACUGUACUUGAUAUCAGUGCUUUAUACUUGUCUCUUUUUACAUCUAAUGUUGAAUCUGUUACUAAAGCACUUAGACAAAUCAUUCCCUUUUAUAACUAAAAUGUUUACUGGAAUGGUGAACUAUGUGAAAAUGUUGCUGUAUUGCAAUUAUCCAACUUAAUCAACUCUCUAGGAUUUUUCUUUCUGUUACAUCACCAUUGUGUUGGAUUUGAAAAGUGAAGAGUUUUAGCAUUUUUAGUCUUCUCUGCAGACAGUCCUACAAAUCCUAUGGGAUUUUUACUAGUCUGCAAAACUUGAAUAUCAUUGAAUUCUAGAAGAAUAUUUUACAUGGGGACAAUUCAGAUUUAGAUUUUCACACAGUCUUUUGAUCAUUUUUUCAUGUUAAUGUCAGGAGUUUUAAUUUCAGGAAUUAUAUCCUUUUUUUUAAUCUCUAACUACAUUUUACUGUCUAUCUGUAACUUGAUAAAUGCUGUCAUAUACUGUAAGUUCGUCAACAUGCUGAAAAGGAAUCGAAUUUUGCAGCUUAUAGAAAAUGAAAUCAUAUCAAGAAUUUCCGCGUCCACCCAGCCGGGGGGGAUGCCUGGCUUCCAGCAGGUUGUAAAUAAGAGCAGCUUCAUCGGUAGAAAGUUGGUUAAAAUGAAAUCAGUGUUCAUGCAGUGUUGUAAAGUUCUUUUUUUAAGUGAACUGAAAUGGGGAAAAAAUAACACUUUAAAUACAUAUUUGCCUUUUUGUAUACUUUAUUGCUUGCUAUAUUGUGUCACCUACACUGUCAAAGAGGAUCACAUGGUCAUUGCUUCCAUUUCUAGUUGGCACCUUAUUGUACUGUAGAGUCAUUGCACUGUUAGCCUGUACAAAAUGACAGUUUUAUUUGAUACAUUUUGAUGGAUAAUCUUGACAUUUUACUACAUAGAAGAUGAUUUGCCUUCAAGGAUGUUCUCCCUGUAAACAUAAGCUAACCUGCUGUUUGCCAUGUAAUUCCUGACACUGUGGAGUAAAGUCAUCAAAGCCUGGCCACAGAGUUUAAAAUGACCACUGAUGUUUAAAUCUCAAAUCUGAUGUCUGUUCCUCUGUGUUGCCUCCUCACACUCAGCCUCCUCUUUCGUGAUGGAAAGAGUCAGUUGCGAUACGCUCUUGAGAAACAGAGAGUAGUAGAGGUGAUGAGGCGAAGGAAAAGACGUUGUCCUCCAAAAUGGCUUCCAUGUCUCACACAGUGGCCUGUUAGGAAUUGUAAUGGUGCUGUCUUCUAAAGUUGUUAAUGUGAAUCUCUGAAAAGUGCACUGACUGUAGCAUCCCUGUAUGGAUAUGCCAAAAUUUAAAAAACGUGUAAAAGGCCUAAAUUGAUUAAGGAAGUCACUGCCUUAUGCCCUCUAGCUUGAAAAGCUGGGCUUUUGUUAAUAUGCCAAAU